CAAAUACAAUCAGAAAAUCAGCUGUUGCCUGCUAUCGGUAAUCAAAAAAAAACAUUAAAAAUUUAUUUAAGUUAACAUUUUGAGAGGCACUCUUCAAAUUGCAUUCAACCAAUGGAUUCGAACUUGCGUAACCUGAAAGAUUUUCUUACAUUAUACAACAAAGUCACCGAAUUGUGCUUCAAUCGCUGCGUCGAUAAUCUCAGCCAACGUGAACUGUUCGAGCAGGAGACCACCUGCGUGGAUCGAUGUGUGACAAAAUUUGCGCGCUUUAACCAAAAUAUGAUGAAAUCCUAUGUGGAUGUGCAAACGAAAAUCAAUGCCAAGCGCAUGGAAGAAGUGGAGCUACAGAACGCCAAACAAUUGGAGCAACAGCAGCAAGAGGAACGCAUUAAAGAACAGCUUAAGGAGAAAGAGACCACUGGCACAGUACUGACGCCAGCUGCAACGACAGCUAACUUGUCCAUGUAGCAGCGCCAGCAGCAUAUGGAUUG